AUGUGGGACUUUAACUACAUUAUUACUAGCAUUAUAAUAGCUCCAUCUUCUCCUUCUUCUUCGUCACCACCAAACGUCGGAGUCAUGCUCGUUCCUCUGUUCAUGUCGAACUGUGCGACUCAUGUAGAUUCAUUUUCAAAACCUUUAUCUGGUUCUGAUGAACCCCAGCAGGGUGGUUGGCUUCGGAAUUUUGCAGUUGCUGCUUACAAACCAUACUUUGACGUUGACACUUCAGAUGUUUUGGAGAGGAUUAUAGACUCACUUUUUCCAUUCAGAGGAACUUUUAAUGAAAAAACUUCUACCAACCCUGAUUUGUAA